CGCCCUCCUCCUCCCAGCGCGCGGGCGGCGGCGGCGGCGGCACCGGGGUCACGAACUCUGACCUUUCACUGACAAAAACAAUAACAAACCCCCCCCUCCCUGCGACCCCCGCGGCGCCCCCGGGCCCGUCUCCGCCGCCCCCGCUCCCGCCUCGGCGUCGGCUCCCUCGCCAGCUGCCCCGCGAGCCUGCGGCCCCGGGCUCCCGCCACCCGCCGACGCCGGGAGCCCGGCCUCCCCGCGCCCUGCCCUCCGCGCCGGGGGCCGCCCGCCGCAGACACGGGACCCGCUUCGAGGCCGCUUUGGCGCCAAAUCCUGAGGUACCCCGUACACAGAUCUCUCGGCCGGAAUCUCCAGGGAUGACCAGCCCCUCCCCGCGCAUCCAGAUAAUCUCCACCGACUCUGCUGUAGCCUCACCUCAGCGCAUUCAGAUUGUGACAGACCAGCAGACAGGACAGAAGAUCCAGAUAGUCACCGCAGUGGACGCCUCCGGAUCCCCCAAACAACAGUUUAUCCUGACCAGCCCAGAUGGAGCUGGAACUGGGAAGGUGAUCCUGGCUUCCCCAGAGACAUCCAGUGCCAAGCAACUCAUAUUCACCACCUCAGACAACCUUGUCCCUGGCAGGAUCCAGAUCGUCACGGAUUCUGCUUCUGUGGAGCGUUUGCUGGGGAAGGCAGAUGUCCAGCGGCCCCAGGUGGUAGAGUACUGCGUGGUCUGCGGUGAUAAAGCCUCUGGUCGUCACUAUGGGGCUGUCAGUUGUGAAGGUUGCAAAGGUUUCUUCAAAAGGAGUGUGAGGAAGAAUUUGACUUACAGCUGCCGGAGCAACCAAGAUUGCAUCAUCAAUAAGCAUCACCGGAACCGUUGUCAGUUUUGCCGGCUGAAAAAAUGCCUAGAGAUGGGCAUGAAAAUGGAAUCUGUACAGAGUGAACGGAAGCCGUUUGAUGUGCAACGGGAGAAACCAAGCAACUGUGCUGCUUCAACCGAGAAAAUCUAUAUCCGAAAGGACCUGAGAAGUCCUCUUAUAGCCACACCCACAUUUGUGGCAGACAAGGAUGGAGCCAGACAAACGGGUCUUCUUGAUCCAGGGAUGCUUGUGAACAUCCAGCAGCCUUUGAUUCGUGAGGAUGGUACAGUUCUCCUGGCCACGGAUUCCAAGGCUGAAACAAGCCAGGGAGCUCUGGGCACACUGGCAAAUGUAGUGACUUCCCUUGCCAACCUAAGUGAAUCCUUGAACAAUGGCGACACCUCAGAAAUCCAGCCAGAGGAUCAGUCUGCAAGUGAGAUCACUCGGGCUUUUGAUACCUUAGCUAAAGCACUUAAUACCACAGACAGCUCCUCGUCUCCAAGCCUGGCAGAUGGGAUAGACAGCAGUGGAGGAGGAAGCAUCCACGUCAUCAGCAGAGACCAGUCAACACCCAUCAUUGAGGUCGAGGGUCCCCUCCUUUCAGACACACAUGUCACAUUUAAGCUGACGAUGCCCAGCCCAAUGCCAGAGUACCUCAAUGUGCACUACAUCUGCGAGUCCGCGUCCCGCCUGCUCUUCCUCUCCAUGCACUGGGCCAGGUCAAUCCCGGCCUUUCAGGCCCUUGGGCAGGACUGCAACACCAGCCUGGUGCGGGCCUGCUGGAACGAGCUCUUCACUCUUGGCCUGGCCCAGUGUGCCCAGGUCAUGAGUCUUUCCACCAUCCUGGCAGCCAUCGUCAACCACUUGCAAAACAGCAUCCAGGAAGAUAAACUUUCUGGUGACCGAAUAAAGCAAGUCAUGGAGCACAUCUGGAAGCUGCAGGAGUUCUGUAACAGCAUGGCGAAGCUGGAUAUAGACGGCUAUGAGUAUGCAUACCUUAAAGCUAUAGUUCUCUUUAGCCCCGAUCAUCCAGGUUUGACCAGCACAAGCCAGAUUGAAAAAUUCCAAGAAAAGGCACAGAUGGAGUUGCAGGACUACGUUCAGAAAACCUACUCAGAAGACACCUACCGAUUGGCCCGGAUCCUUGUCCGCCUGCCAGCACUCAGGCUGAUGAGCUCAAAUAUAACGGAAGAACUUUUUUUUACUGGUCUCAUUGGCAAUGUCUCAAUAGACAGCAUAAUCCCCUACAUCCUCAAGAUGGAGACAGCAGAGUAUAAUGGCCAGAUCACUGGAGCCAGUCUAUAGUGCACACCACACAGGCGCCGAGGAGCAAAAGGAGCCCCCCAGACCGUUCAGAUGCAAAGAAAAUAAAAGUAGUGAUAUUUUGGUAUGUGCAGAUAUUUCCAAUAUGUUAGCCAUUUCCUACCUGGUUUCUCCUUCACCGUUAAUCCCUAGACAAUAGCAACUUAAAGACUAGUAGGAUCCUUUCCUGCCAUAAAAAAAAAAUGUUUUAAUGCCUUUUGAUGAAGCAGCAGAUUUUGGAACAAUCUUUUAAGUCAAUUUGUAUUUAGAAAUUCUCAAAGGGCAAAAAAAAAAUGAAGUUUUAUAAUAUUAGAGAUUAGUAUUAAAGAAAACUAAAAGAACCUAAGAGAACAGUAUGUGUGUAUAUAAUAUUAAAAAUGUCCUUGGAAUUAAUAGCUACUAAUUACCAGGGUAAGAAUAUUAGCACUUUCUAAGCACUUCUUAUCAAUGCGUAAUGUUAGUAACAUCUUGCCUGUGGGCAGGGCAAAUGGAAAAUUGUACAUGUCUUUUGCCGAAAUGCUAAUGAUUUCUGUGAAAAUUCACCUAGGGUACAGGAGACAAUCAUUUAUGUUUAAGAAAAGAAGGCAUCAUUCCUAACUGUAUGCACAUAUCGUUGGCGUUGAGCUAAAUUCCUAUGAAUGAAAUUGUGGCUUAUUUGCAUCAUGCAUUAAGUGGGAGUGUGGUGGCACAGUCGGGGGUGACUGAGACCAGACUUCCAACUAUAGAGCUGACACUUGUCAGGUUCCCUGACCACUUUGUUCUGGUUUAUAAUGGGCAUCUGCUGUCUCCUCUAGAACCUAGGGUUCUGUUCUGAUGAUAAGUUUUCAGAAUUGGAUUGCAACUUGUCAGACUUUAACUGCUAAAUGAGACAUGAAAUUCCUGUAGCAACUGAAAACAUCCCCAGAUCACCGCCACCACUCAUGGCAUGUGGAGCCCCACCUCGUGGAAGGGGGGCAUUUUGAACUCUUGACGGUACUCCAGUAUAGUUGCAUGCUGCCCACCUGGAGGAGCGUGGCCUACUUGGAGUAUGAGGUCCCUGCCAGAGAUUUCAUUCCAAAUGCCCCCUUGAGAUGGGCCUGUGUUUCUGCAGGUCUCUCGGAGCUGCCUGGCCAGGGCCUGGUGAAGCUGAAUGGAAACAUUCAGGACAGUUUCUUCCUAUUGAUCUUAAAUAUCAGGGAUUUUCAAAAAUUCCCCAGAUUCAUCAUCUGUUAGCAAGUUUUUUAAUGUCUCUAGCACCCGUGCACUUUGGUUCUCCAGGUAUGAGCCCGCAGACCAUCCUGGAGCAUUUUCAAUGAUGUUUGUAGAAGGAGCUCCCUGCUCCUUAAAAAGCAUCUCUCCGUUACCGAGGUGAUAGUCUUUCUGCCCAUAAAUUAUAGCAACCAGAGUUUACAACAAGAAUAGAAAUAUGUUUGUAAGGAAGUUUUGUCUAACUUAAAGCACCCCUAAAUUCUCACACACGUGAAUACAUAGAAAGCUUUUUGUGCUGGAGGAAAGUAGCACGUGGAAGCCUGGGUCAAGUGCGUUUGUCUUUUUCUUUUGUAGAGCCCAGACUAAGAAAAUGCACUCUAUAAGGUUAAACGUGUCCAUUGAUGCUUUAAUCAGAUAAUAUUCAAAAAUAUCCCAGGACACUCCCCUGCCUUGCUCAGGACUGUGGCCCUGUGGUCCCAAGUGGGACAGGCUGAAAGCAGCCACAGGGUCAAAGCAAAAUGGGAUACUUUGUCCUGAAGUGUUAAGCAGCACCUUACGUAAGUCGUUGUUAGUGGAAAUUAAGUUGGAUAAUAUCUCCAACUUCUAUAAAUUCCUGUUUAGGUUUAAUUAUAUCAUUCAUAUUUAUCUUGGCAGCAAAUUUUAAAGAGUAGUAAGAGUGGCCAUUAUAAAAUGGUAGGAAGGAUUUCAUUUUAACAGCUUAAGUAAUUUUUAGUUUUCUCAUCCUGAAGUGUUUUCAGUUUCAAAUUUGAGACCAAAAAACUAGCCAAUGUGAUGGAGUUAGGGUGGGUCUCUUUCAUCUCUGCUUGGGAAGGUGAAGCAGCAGGCGUCCUGCGGCACAGUUACGCCUGUUACAGAGUUCCUACUUCUCUGUCCUUUGGACUCGAGUGUGGGCAUGUCGAUCAUUUAGCAGUCCCCUGGGAAUAUGUUGUGUCAUAGCAUUCAGGACCCAGUUCGUAACAUUGGCCGUUCCUUCUAUUCCUCAGUCAUUUGGUGGUAGCCGUUAGGCUGUUUAGACCCAGGUUAGAUAAGGAUAAGGAAUGUGCUGAACUCUGACGAGAUCACCUUGGAGAAGAAAGGAUUCAACUUAGAGAGUUGCUGAUUUUAACACGGCCCUGCACUGUAGGUCCCCUCACUAUUGAUAACUGAUUCCAAGGGGCUGUUUGGGGCUUUGAACACGUCUUCAGUGGUUUCCCAGAUCCUUUCGCCAUUACUUUGAAGUGGCCUUUUCUUUGAGGAUCACGUCCACAUAACCUGAAUUCUUACGGCCUGAACUCAUUUUAAGCCUUGACUGCAAGUCCAUUUCAUCUCCUCAGAUUGGUUAAAGAAAGUGACCCAAAGUUAAGAAUUAUUUUAAAAGAUCCCAACCCCAUAUCUGAGCGCCAACUUUUGUGUUACAAGGGUCAUAACCUUGUUAGUAGUUUGUGAAACUUUGGGUUUUGUGAAAUGAGACCAGCCUCUGCCUGCUAAAUUCCUGUCCACACUCCUCCCUUGAUGAGGACAGGCACACUGGCUCAGGAAGGUGGGACAGACAUGUGCUGUCACUUCAUGGUUAAGUGGACCCUUUUCCAGAAGUAUUUCAGAUAAUGUAGGUUAAGACAUACAUGUUGAAAUUUGUGGCAGUCAUUACAUGUAAGCGUAAAACAGGACAGGAAGAGAUUCAGAAACACUAAAUUACUUAAGGAAGUAAUAACUUUCAUGUUACUCCUAGAAGGUGUUUUUAAGGUAGUAUUGUACCAUCCUUCUAAUUGGACAUUUCUCUUGAGUUUACCUACUAAGGGGCUACAUUUGUCUAAUCCUUGCCAUAGGCUACGAUUUGGGUUUCUUUUGUUUGGGGUUUUAUACUAUGUAUUUAAUUUCAGGUAUAGUCACUUAUAAAAUGUGUUAUGUAAUUGCCUCCAAGAGGGAUUGUUUUUUUAGCUUGUCAGUGUCAGUAUUAAACAUGAACUCAGCUCUGAGGCAGUGAGGCCACCAGCCAUGGUGAUUAACAACACACACCUUGGGCUCCCUAAUGCAGCAGCAACACUCUGCAGAGCAUGGCUUAUAUCCACAGGACACACAUACUUCACUGUUUUACUUGUUUGGGAGGCCACAGCAGAGAGCCACGAAUUAUAAGGACUCUGUCCAGUGCUUUUACUCUGGAAAGUACAAGUCUUAAUCCUUUGGAAGCAUUUCCCGCAGAGCAGUCUCACACAACCCACCCCCUGCGGGACAAGCCAUUCCUGGCUGUGGGUCAGUAGUUCAUGCCCUGUGUCUCUGGAUCCAUGUUCUCCAACCUGAUCUCCUUGGAGUCCAGAAGCUUGCUGCCCACUGCCAUGGGAUUGUAGGUGAUCUUUCAACUCUUCUCUAAGUCCUGGUCAGGAAAUGUGAGAAGUGUUGUCAUCUUACCUCCACUCUUUUUCCCAGGAAGGGCAGUGUCCUUUAGAUGACAGAUGUCUCAGCUGGCAGAGCAGAUGCCCACAUGCUUCCUUUGUCCAACUCUCAUUCUCCUGAUGCUUCAGCUCUUUGAAACUGUCUUUGAACUUUCAUGGAAAUUUUUAAAGGCAACCCUUCAUCGGGGCAGGGUUGAUUUGGGUCUUCUGUGCAUAGGAUCUGGACCUCCUUGUGUGCCUCCUGCACCUCACAUGUCCAUCCCCGGGUCCCUUCUGCGGUACUGUGCGUGUACAGAUUUACAGACUGUAUGACUGAAUGAAUGUACAUGUGUUUAUAUCUUCUCUAUAUGUACAGUGUAUAUAGCAGAUGUGUACAUAGAUGUAUAUUAUGUAUACAGACAUGUAUCCAAACUCCCCUUAUGUUUUAAGAGAGUUUUUGAUAGAUUUGCUAACAUAAACCAAUGUGGGUAUUCCAAGGCCCCUCGGCGGGGAAAAUUUGCUGGUAAUUUUUUUAACUGCAUUUUCCUUUGGGUGAGCCUGCCUGGGAAGGCGCAUGGAGUCAGAAUCUCUGUUCUGUACAAGGAAAAAUUCCAGACAGAAAAGGUUCUGACAGGAUGACAUUUCUCUAUAUUCUCUAGGUUCAGACAAGGGCCAGGAAGCUGGAAGACAGUUUAUCCUAAUGUCCAAAACUAAAGUGGGAAUUUGUAACCUGCUUCUCACACCCAUUCACAGCCUAACUGGAAGGAACUUGGUGGUUGGUUAGAGCCAUUGGCCAUCCCAGAUAUUCAGAGCUCUGUCCUUGAUCCAGAGACAAGGCCUUAUGAUCAGAGGUUCAGAAUGGUCCUCAUCAGUGGGGCUUCCCUCCCAGAGUCUCCCGUGCUCACUCUGUGCUCAGUGCUAUGAUUGAACAAAUAGAACUUCCCAUCUCUCUAUCACCAGUAAACUAUAAACAACCUACCAAGUAUUCUUUCAAAGUAAGUAUGGAUGUUGAUGGUACCUUUUGUGGUAUAUAAACUACAAAUCUUAUUUCUGUAACUGUGAGCAUGCGAAUGAAAUCCAGAAUUACUCUUUUCUGCAAAUUAUGGUUUAAAAUUUUCAGAUAAAAUUUGCGUCAUUAUAUGGAUGUGUACCCUUAAAGCUAUGGAUGCCAAUUUUUCCUUGUCCAGAUCUAUUCUGAUGAAUUACCCCCACCUCUACCCCCACCCCCUUAAUCGGGCUUUAAACUGAGACACAGCCCUCGGGAGGCUGGGCCUGACCUGCAGGGGGAGUGUGGAAAGCUGGCCUGCUGACAGAAAUCACUGGAUAACUGCAAAAACUCACGUAAACCACAGGUUGCUCUUUUUCUUUUUAAAAUAAGCUAUCAAAAUGUUUAAAAAACACUUUAUGAGACCAUAGUACUCAGUGCCUUUCGUGAGACCGUAGGUCAUUUAGCCUUCAGCUUCCUGUUUUUGAUAUAAAGAAAGCUUUGCUAUUUCACUGGCCUCAGCCAACAGUGACUGUUCAACCUUUCCCUGUCAUUGGCUGUCCUGACAAUCACACUAUUGAAAGUGGCUUUCUCGUUAAAAUACAGAUGGAAGCUUGAGAGUCUCUAAAUGAAUUUUUAAAAUAAAAAAUUUCCUUUGGGUCCAUUUAUCUUAAUAGCAAUCUAAAAAUAAACUGUGAGCUUAACAAAAAGUAUCCUGGUUGGGGGUGGGGGAGACAUGUCAGAUAUUUUUAAUGCCCAGCUAUAAUGUUCAGUUAAGAAUUUUGGUAUCUAAAUAUUUAUACAUACAGCAUAGUAAAAGAAUGUCCGAGAUUUAUCAGUUGACUGUGGUAAAGUUUAAUGUUUGAAUAACUUUUGGAAGUAGUAGACCUUACAUUAAACAUGGAUUUUCUUUAGGAAAGUGUAAUCAUUUUAACGACCAUAACAUUCAUGGAUUCAAAUGCUGCUGCCACAACUCAAGUGCUGGAAUAUUUUUCUAUAGUCUCUCCGUUCUACCAAUUUUCUUGUAAACCAGUGUUCAACUAGUUUUAUAACUGAAAAGCUGCACAUUUUUCAUAGUACAAACUGUAGUUUUUACCUGUAGUUUGGACCUCCCUGUUAUAAUGUAGCCCUUUUAAAAGACAUCUUAUCAAAGGAAAAUUUGGGUAUUAGAUUUUCCUGGGACCGUUUCUGUAACCUCUGCCCUUCACAAUAUAGAAUAUAUUGUUUUGCUAUAACAUUUUAAUUCCAGGUUUAAAACCUGUUGAAAGCUGUAGCUUUAGACAGCUUUCUCCUCCCUGUGAAUCACUUUGUUUAUGUGAUGGCAUUUAAAAAAUAGCAUGUUCUUUUUAAACUGAAUUUUAUAUCUAAUCAAUGUCUUCAGUCUUGAAGAAGAAUUUGCAUUGUUGUGUUUGUAUAUAGAGUAUUGCAGUGCAUGAAUUAGCUUUAUGCAUUUUAUUAAAUGCUGUUUCAAUGUGGCAUUAUUGUUGUGGCUUAAUAUUACUACCUAAAUGAGGUUUAUACUAUUAAAAGUGAGUUAAAGACUAA